AUGACAUCUCGGCCGCGUCGUUCAGCAGCCAAGAAGGCUCAUGAGGCCAUCACUGACUGGGCCGACAGCGAACGGACACCCAUCAUGUCGACCCGAUCACGGCGACCGGACGGCGCCUCGAGCGGCCGCACCUCGGGCGUCACCAGAGACCCGCCCUCCUCGCCCGGCCACGAGUCGCUCAACCUGACGGUCAAGGUCCCCGCCAACAAGCUGCGCGAGGCCACGUCCGGCAGGAGUCGCAACUCGGGCGCCGGCUCGCUCAACGCGCGCGAGAGCUUCGUCGGCGGCGAGAUUAUCGCGGGCAAGAGGAACCGCGGUGCCAAGAAGAGCUACGUCGUCGAGUCGGACAGUGACGAGGAGGACGAGGAGGAGGAUGAGGAGAUGGCUGAUCUGGGCGACGAUGACGACAUGGAGGCCGACGCCGACGGUGACGAAGACGAGGAGGAUGAAGAGGACGCCGAUGGCGACGCUGAUGGCGAUGUCGACAUGGAUGCCACGCCUGCUCACCCCACGACGAUCAAGAUUCAGACGCCCAAAGCGAACAAGGUCACGGUGCGCCGACCAGCCGCGGCCCGUGUCGUCGAGGAGGAGGACGAGGAGGACGAUGACGACGAGCUCAGUGAUCUGGAAAGCGACGCAGAGGUCGACAUGAGCAUCAACGUCGGCGGCGUCGGCGACGAGGACGACGAGGAGGAAGACGAGGAGGAAGACGCAGAAGGCGAGGAGGAGGAUGCCGAGGGCGAGGAGGAAGAGGAGGAAGAGGAGGAAGAAGACGCCGAAGGCGAAGCUGAUGAGACGAUGGACGUGACCCUCGCCGCAGCCGAGGACGUGGACAGCGACGAGGACGGCAGCGAAUCCAAGGAACCCGACGUCAACAAGAUGACGAGACGCCAGCGCGCCCGCUUCGAGGACGAGCCGCAGGAGUACAUGAAGCUCUCGGACGAGGUGCAGGUGAAGAAGCACCUGACGGCCGAGGAGCUGUCGAUGCGCCGGUCCGAGAUGGCGCGAAGGCGUCGCAACCUCAGCGAGAAGCGCAACGAGGAAGUCAAGAUGGAAACCAUCAACAAGCUCCUCAAGAAGCAGGCGCCCAAGACGAAUCGCAAGGCACAGGAGAACCAGGCCGGCGACGACAAGCCCGAUGCCAUGUUUGUGCGGUGGGUCAGCACCAAGGAAGGCAGCCGUAUUGCCGUGCCGGACGAGAUGCUCGGCGGCUCGGCGGGCAAGGUGUUUGGGGCGCCGGGAUUGCGAACGGGCAAAAUGGUCGAGGAGGUGCAGUGA